AUUUUUCAGGAUUUCGCAUGCGGCCCAGUAAUAACGGCACCACUCCAAGAAUCGCUUCAAAUCAAUGAGGGUGAGGCGGCAUCACUUCUAUGUGUUGUCUGGGGCGAUCCAGCGCCGACUGUGCAGUGGCAUAGGGACGGAUCAGCUCAGUUACUAUAUUCGGAUGGUAAUCGCAUUUUACUAGAAGCCGUAGUAUCCAGCAACGGAACUUCCUAUCAUCUGCUACAUAUUCGACAAACUAUAUCAGAUGACCAGACAACGUAUUGGUGCAAAGUUACAACAGGAUUUGUCACAAGGGCAAAACGUUUCGAUCUUCGAAUCAGACCAGUAAGGCUGUCGACGAACACAAAUAAUAAUGGGCCGAUAUUGCCGAAUCCCAGCGAGAGCAACACUGGAAUUCCAGAUUAUCCCGCAGAUUCUAAUCUCUGGACCAUCCAGAAAUCCCAGCGCUUCUGGCAGCUGAUGCUAUUGAUUAUACUAUUAUUCGCUGUACUGUUGUUUUUUGUGGCUUGCUACGUUUUUUGCGUUUAUUGGUUCCGUAUCCACGGUCAUUAUCGGCGCGGUGAUCAUAGUAAAACAUCCGACGAAGAGGAACCGCUUUACCGCUGCAUUGCCUCAAAGCCUAGAACUAGAACAACAGCAGUAGCAACGAUAUCGGUUAGUGGGGAAUACAGUGAAGAGAUGCUUCAAGCACAUAAUCUGAAAAAUCGGUUGUUGCGGAACGAAGAACCACAUAAGGGAACUGCAUUUUCGCGAAGCUGCGGUGGGCUAGCCCGAAAAGCCCCCUUGGCACAAUGUGACCGCGACACUUCGGUUCUGCCAAUCGUACAAACUUCAUUGUGA